AAUAAUAUCCCAUACAUUAUCAUUCGGUGAUAUUCUCAAGUUUUCGCAUCUUAAGAAUACAUCAAAUACUUGAGUUAAAUCUUUGACUCGUAGUUCCAACUAUGGCACUGCUUAGAACUUUCACCAUUGUUGUUGGUGUGGUGGUGUUCAUCUAUGUUUUUGUUUGUUUCUGUGGCGUUGUUGAUGAAUGGGUCCGGGAGCUGGAAGAAGACCGGACACGACUCCUAAAUGAGAUCGAGGAAGCUGCCUUGGCUUGUGAAUCUCUUCCCUGGAAACUUUGUGGAAUCCCUUGGAUGGGGAUCAUUAUAAACUGUAAUACUUAUACCUUCCCACAGACCCCAGCAAGCCAGGUAACCCCUGGAUGGGCAUCACAAACCUGGCCUGUUCUGGGCAUCUUCCUGAGAACGUACCAAGCCAACCAUGAUGUUAAACAACUGGAAAUCCUCCUCAAGGAUAUGAACGACUCCUGCAAGGGAACUUCUUCACUCUUCCAGUUUUUGCCAGUCCUUCUGGUGGUUAUUUUGAUGGUGUUAGGAGCUGCUUCUUGCACUCUUGCUGCAAUACUCAGAGUUCAGAAGUCACCAACACUUUCCAGUAUUGGUAACCCAGAGAUGAGUGGUGACUCCGUGUGUACUCGUGAACAAGUAUUCACUGCUACCUUUGAGACUGUUGGUCCUUCACAGCCCCUUCCCCACACCAUGACCCUCCCCAACACUCUGAUACUCCCCGACACCAUGUCCCUAACCAACACUUUGUCCCUCUCUGUGCAGGAAAACGAGUGUGGGAAAGAUCUCCAGGACAGGAGGGAAAGUCGUGAAGAUGGGACAGAAAAUCGCGAAGAUGAGAAAAGUUUAAAAGAAGACGACAAUCCGAGCCAAGAAGAUAAGAUGGUGACAAGAGAUGAAGUUCCAGAAAACGAAUCUAGGAAGUUAGAGCCGGACUGGUUGAGGAACCGGCGCCUGGGACGCAAGACAAGUGAAGGUAGGAGCACGCCUGAACAUAAGAUGGUGACUAGAGAUGAGGUCCCAAAAGACGAAUCUACAAAGUUUGAGCCGGACUGGUUGAGGAACCUGCGCCUGGGACGCAAGACAAUUGAAGGUAGGAGCGAGCCUGAACAGUGUUUUACUUCCCUCAGUGAGCAGGAAGAGCCAGACAGGGUAAUCACUUCAUAUAAUUCCGACUUCUGCGAUGACCAUAUCCCCAACUACGAAAAUUACUGUGACAACCACGUUCCCGAGGAUGAUCUAGGUGACAACCACGUUCCUGAGGACGAUGUAGGUGACAACCACGUUCCCAAUAAUGAUCUAGGUGACAAACACGCACCUGAGGACGAUGUAGGUGACAAUCACGUUCCAGAUAAUGAUCUACGUGACAACCACGUCACCGACAACGAUGACCAAGGUGAUUGGCAGCUCGUUUGCAAGAAGAAGAAAAAGAAGAAGAACUUCCAUGGGAGGCGCCAUGUCACUAACAACAAUGCAUCUCAUGAUAAUAACUUCCUCCACGUUGACGAAGUCGAAUUAUACGACGAUGAUUCAUUUAGACGACACAGCAGAUCUAGAAAAGGAAGUCGUCGUUAUGACGAGGAGUGAAGAAUCUAUGACAAGGACGUGACCACCAGGCUGGUGUGACGACACCAAGCUGGUGUAUUAUUUAUGACGAGGACGUGACCACCAAGCUGGUGUAUUAUUUCUAUUAUUACUUUUGUUUUUAUAUUAUUAUAUUAUUAUUAUUAUUAUUAUUAUUAUUAUUAUUAUUAUUAUUA